AUGAAGGGGGCCUACUGCGGGGAGGGGCUCGCCGCCGGCGAUGCUGAGAGCGGCCGCGGCGGCGGAGCCAACGGGGGCUUGGCGGCGGAGCAGCGGGGGAGGUGGGUUCGGGAGUGGAACCGGGCCUUCUUGCUAGUCUGCGCAGCGGGGCUCGUCUUCGACCCGCUCUUCUUCUACACCCUGUCGAUCAGCGGCAGUGGGAUGUGCCUGUUCAUCGACGGCUGGCUCGCUCUCUCUGUCACCGCCCUCCGGUGCAUGGCCGACGCCCUACAUGUGUGGAACAUGUGGCUCAACCUCAAGAUCACCUUCAGCACGGAGGCGUCGGAGGACGACAACGGCAAGGCGGCGCGGAGGGCUGUAAUGCGAUACUUCAAGUCCGUAAAAGGGUUCUUCUUCGAUCUCUUCGUCAUCCUCCCCAUUCCCCAGGUGACCAUUGGUUGCUUCACGAACGUUUCAUGUAUCUCAUUAUCUGGUGUCACCAUCGAUCACGAACGUCUCUCCAGAGGGGAGUUUUGGCACUUGGUAGGAAAAUGUAGAGCACUGGUGUCCUAGAUUGUUGGAGGUAAGAUGGGUGCUACAUAGAAAGAGGGGAAGAAGAAGACCUCCCUCCCCCCUGUUCUUCUAGUAUCCAAGGUGGAUUUUGUCAGCUACUCACAGCUACGGAGGAACCUACCUCUUCCACAGCCUCUGUCUCGGUCUGUCUCUGUCUCUCCACCUACACACCCCCACGCUGGAAACGCGGAGUUACCGCUCUGGUUUUACGUGACCCCUGAGUUACCAGCCCAACUCGUGAGCUCCGAGUUGAGACCUGGGCAACGCGUCGACGUGUCACCCCUUGAGGUCCCCAGAGCCCCUUGGUUUCACCGAGCUAUCAGACCAAUGAAGAAUCCAUCAAUCUUUCUCGUUUACUUCUUUGCCGUCGUUAGGUUUCAGGUUUUCCUGAUUAAUUUAAUAAAUCGUGAUUGAAUCCAUGAAGAUCAUGCUGUGGGUGGCGGCGCCGGCGCUGAUACGGCGGGGAUCGACGACGGCGGUGAUGACGGCGUUCUUGGUGACGUUCCUCGUCCAGUACCUCCCCAAGAUCUACUACUCCGUCCGCCUCUUGCGCCGGACGCAGAACCUCUCCGGCUACAUCUUGGGCACCGUUUGGUGGGGACUGGCUCUCAAUCUGAUUGCCUACUUCGUCGCCUCCCAUGUGAGCGUCUCGACUCCUCCCGACCGCAUUCUUUCCCCUGGAAAUCUAUGAAUCAAGGAUUUAGAAUAACGAGCCCAGAUUUUUCUAACCCCGAACCUGUUGAUAACCAAUCGUCUAUCGCAAUCGAUGUGGGACUACUCCCGUUCAAUCUCUAGUCUCGAUUUCUCUCCAAGCCCGCGUGUUUAUCUCAUCUCUCUACGAAUCCCUUACUUUCGCAUCAUGGCUCCUGGUUCGUCAAUCGUAGUCGAUGUGGGAGGAACUAUUUGCAUAAAAUAUUUACCGAGAUCUCAGAUUGGAGCAGCCUCGCGUCUUGAUCUCUCUCAGCAAUCUUGUUUCCCUCUCUCGAAGACUGUCGUCUUUAACAUUUUGGAUCCCAAGUCACCUGUUGCUUGGAGCUGUCUCCAGCCUGUAUCUCUUUAAACUCGCUUGUUCAUCUCUCCACGAAAUCCCACCUUUCUCUCCCCAGCCACGUAUCGUCUUGGAUGAAAGUAUGAGAUACGGGAGCUUUUUCUCCAAUAUCUCGGCUCGGAGAAAUCUGUGGUCUCUCUCUCUCUCUCUCUCUCCAACUAUCUAUCUUUCUCGCUCUCGGUCUGUUUCUUCUGAGCUACCUUGCUUUAUCUCUCAAGAACUCUUUGAUCUUGGUAAACCCUGCCCAGGCCGCUGGUGCGUGCUGGUACCUGCUGGGGAUACAGAGGGCUACGAGAUGCCUCAAGGAGCAAUGUCUGGCUGCGACAGGGUGCGAGGCGGCGGCGAUCGCGUGUGAGGGGCCAGUCUUCUACGGUACGACGUCGCUCGUGAAGGAGGCGGAGAAGAUGGCCUGGGCGAGCAAGAAGCUCGCCAGGCAUGCCUGUCUCGCCGGCGGCGACAACUACGACUACGGAUCCUACAAGUGGACCGUCGCUCUUGUCACCAACCCUAGCCGCAUCGAGAAGAUCCUCUUCCCCAUCUUCUGGGCCCUCAUGACCCUAAGGUAAGAUCACAUAUUCUACGUAGAUAAAAUUAUAUAAAUAUAUAUUCAUGCAUAUAUUCUUGUAUAUAUAUAUAUGUAUUACAUAUAUAUAUAUAUAUAGAGAGAGAGAGAGAGAGAGAGCGUCUGUGUGUGUGUUUGUGUGACUGGGGAAGUUCUGUGACAGCACGUUCGGGAACUUGGGUUGCACCACGGAGUGGCUGGAGGUGGUCUUCAACAUCAUCAUCAUAACCAGCGGGCUGAUCCUCGUCACUAUGUUGAUCGGGAACAUCAAGGUGAGCCGUCACGAAGCUCGGCUAACUACGAAGUUUGCGACUCUCGAUCGUCUUCUUCUUCAUCAGUGGGGGAGGUUGUGGUGGAGGGGCAGGUGUUCUUGAGCGGGACGAGCUCGAAGAAGCAGGCGAUGCAGCUGCAGCUGAGGAACACAGAGUGGUGGAUGCGGCGGCGCCGCCUGCCGGAGAGCUUCCGACGGCGGGUCCGGCAGUACGAGCGCCGGCGGUGGGCGGCGAUGCGAGGUGUUGACGAGUACGAAAUGAUUCGGGACCUACCGGAGGGCCUCCGCCGGGACAUCAAGUACCACCUCUGUCUCGAUCUCGUCCGACAGGUAACAAGAACACAAUGAACUUGCUUCCUCGAGACUCGUUCCCCAUCCCCAUCUUCAAAUUAGGAGAAAAAUAUCAUUCUGACCCUCAACUUUCCUCCAGGUACCCUUAUUUCAACACAUGGACGCCGUUGUCUUGGAGAACAUCUGCGACAGGGUGAGGUCGCUCAUCUUCACCAAGGGGGAGACUGUGAGCACCCUCUCUCUCUCUCUCUCUCUCUCGCUAUCUAUCUAUCUAUCUAGCUAUCUCUGUGAUGCAUAUCUUUUCCAUUCUGGUGCAGAUAGCGAGAGAAGGGGAGCCGGUGAAGAGGAUGCUGUUCGUGGUGAGGGGACACCUGCAGAGCAGCCAGUUGCUGCGGGAUGGCAUGAAGAGCAGCUGCAUGCUGGGGCCGGGAAACUUCACGGGGGACGAGCUCCUCUCAUGGUGCCUCCGUCGCCCCUUCGUGGAGCGGCUGCCGCUGUCCUCCUCCACGCUGUUGACCAUCGAGACUACCGAAGUCUUCGCCCUGGAGGCGGGUGACGUCAAGUACGUGACGCAGCACUUCCGACACACCUUCGUCAACGACAAGGUGCGGCGGAGCGCGCGCUACUACUCCCCCGGGUGGCGGACCUGGGCGGCGGUAGCGAUCCAGCUGGCCUGGCGACGCCACCGUCACCGCCUCACGCUGUCUUCCCUCUCCUUCAUCCGCCCCCGCCGGCCGCUCUCCCGCAGCUCCUCCAUGGGGGAGGACAAGCUCAGGCUCUACACCGCCAUCCUCACCUCCCCCAAGCCCCUUCUCGACGACUUCCCUCUGUAA